CUGCACUGCAGCACACGCUGCUCAGACAUGCACAGCUCAGCAACGGACAAACUUCAGAAUACGGCUCACCAGAGAACAGUACAUUGCAAGAAAAGCAGCUUUUCACAAAGAAAUUCACUUUUACCAUGGGCAGUUAUUUGCAAAGAGGAUGACUGACUGCAUCACCUGUUUUCAGUGUGGAACAUUGGAUUCUGCACCAACAACAAGGGAGCUACAGAUUCAUUUGGUAAGACUCGCUGUGAGGAAAUUAAGGACCCUCCAUCCAAAGUGGAAGACUGAUUGCUCCUUGUCCUCAUGUGAAGACAGCAGAAAUACAACUGUAGCAGCGAGUUAGUGUCUCAGCAUUUGGACCCUCCAUGAUGGACUGCAUGGAAAUAGAAAUGAUGGAAAGCACAGCCAACACAAGUCCAAGGCAACGAGGUCACCUUCAAACUCUGGAAAAUAUGCAGGAUAAAACAUGUACUCACAAAAAGACAAACAUGGAGACCAUCCUAGAGGAUCUGGGGUUGGAGCAGUACUACAAGGAUAAGCUGCCACUCAGCAAGAUACUUGAGAUUGAUGCGAAGGCCAUCAGCGAUGAUCUGGUCAAGUGUAAAUCUGACCUUCCUUGGUAUUUUCUAAAGAAACUGACGAUGGUUAAUGUGACAGCUAGAAAUGUAAAAUGCAUAUCAGACUGUGACUUGUACCGUGACGAAACAUCAGAGACUACAGAGUUAGAUUUUGAUGAUCUGUUUAACAACGUGGAAACUGGUGAGAGUAUAAACCCUCUUGACUUAAUCACAGCUCUCUUUCUCUGUUCUGAUGGUUUUGUACAACAAGAAAUGGCACUAAAAAUGUCAAUGUGCCAGUUCUCUGUGCCUCUGCUGCUUCCCAACUGUGACACAACACGGUGCACACUCAUGCUGUGGGCAAUGAGAGAUAUUGUUAAAAAGUACAGACCUCAACAUCUUUUACAAUCCAAAGGCUUCAUAGAGGAAAGAAUAGUUCAUUCUCAACUUCCAAUGGUUUCUUUCGUGAGACUGGGUGACUGCUCCAUGUCCAAGUCAGAGAUCCUCAAUAAGCUUCUGAGCAGUUCUCAGCAGUACCAUGACACCUUUGUUCAUCGCAACAUGGAGUGUGGAGACAGUCCAAGAAAGAUAUCCAAUGGAUUGACUGAAAUUACCUGGUACCUUCCCUGUGGAAACAAGAACAUGGACAUUUUUGUCAACCCAGUCGCUGUAGCCAACCUUCAUGGGGACAUUGCUUCAUUUGAAACACAAUUCUCCUUUUUGUGUCAGACAUCAGAGGCAGUUUUUGUGUUCUUUGAUCAUUUGGAUGAUAAGUGUGAGCUGCUAAUAAAUACAAACCACAAAGCAAAGAUCUUUUUGGUGGGCAGCCCUUUGAGCAAGAGCGAAAAGAGUUUAAAGGCUCUCAAAACUCUAGCGCCCAGCUUGGGCUUGACUAAAACCAACAUCAUUCUAAGAACCAAGGAGAAAAAUGAUGCAGACUUUGUUCAGGAUUUGAAGAAAACAGUCAGUGAUGUAGUUGAGAAGUCAAAGAUGAAGAUGUCUGUAGAGCAGAUGGUUGGCAUUGCCCAUGAAUUGGGAAUAUUGGUUGAUGAAGACUCUCCAGAGUGCCAGGCUGGAAAGCAAAAAGCAGAUGCUAUCACCAGAGAGAUUCAAGACAUCCACAAAUACAAAGAAAAUCAGCUUCCAUUGCAAGGAAGAAUAUGGAAGGAACUGACUUGCUUAGAGAAGGAAGAAUUUCGACUUCGCAAAGCUGGGUCUGAAAACAUAGAGCAGUACAAGAGUGAGCUUCAGAGAAAGAAAAAAGAAAUGAGGAAAAAGCAGAAUUCUUAUGACAUGUCGCCAGCUAUGACUUACUUCAUCGAUGCCAUAUCCAGACCAGGAACAGAGAGGUGUUAUUUCCUGAAAUGGAUGCGAAUGAACCUCGACAAUGUGUCUCGUACGAAACUGUCUACACUCAGGGAGUUGUACAAAGAAAAAUGCAACAUUUCUGUGAACAAAGACGAGAUCAAAGAAAUUGACAUCCAACUUUCUAACAGCUCUCUGGGGACUGAACACUUCUUCCGUGAAAUGGGUCAGCUCUAUGAAGCUUCGGUUUCCCUCCCAGAAAGAGACCUAUCACGAAAACAGUUGCAGCAUCUGCCUGAGCUGUGUGCACAGAUGUUGCUUGAUGGUUUUCCUCUUGAGCUUGUAGACGGAGAUGCCUCCAACAUACCUCUUAGAUGGGUGAGUGACGUUCUCACUAAGCUCAAUGACUUGGCAUCUCCAAAGAACAAGAUAAUAGUAGUCACGGUGCUUGGAGUUCAGAGCACAGGAAAGUCCACCCUCCUUAACACCAUGUUUGGAGUUCAGUUUGCAGUCAGCAGUGGUCGAUGCACCCGAGGUGCCUUCAUGCUGCUCAUCAAAGUCAAUGAAGACGUUAAAAAAGUCUUCAACUGUGACUUUAUGGUAAUCCUGGACACUGAGGGCUUGAAGUCCCCAGAGCUUGCACAGCUGGACAACAGCUAUGAACAUGACAAUGAGCUUGCAACACUUGUUGUGGGGCUGAGUGAUCUCACCAUUAUUAAUAUCGCAAUGGAGAAUUCAACAGAAAUGAAGGACAUCCUGCAGAUAGUGGUGCAUGCUUUCCUCAGGAUGAAGGAGGUGGGCAAAAAGCCUAAAUGUCAGUUUGUUCACCAGAACGUUUCAGAUGUUUCAGCCCAUGAUAAGAACCUGCGAGACAGGAAACUGCUCUUGCAACAGUUGAAUGAGAUGACGCAGGCAGCAGCCAGAAUGGAAAAGAAAGAGAAGAACAAAAGCUUCACUGAUGUGAUGGUUUACAAUGCAGACACUGGGAACUGCUACGUUCCUGGACUCUGGAAUGGAAACCCACCAAUGGCACCAGUUAAUGCCGGAUACAGCGAGGCUGUCUAUGAGCUGAAGAAGACAAUCAUCCAUCUACUUGGAAAGAAUGAAGCAUCGGCUCAAACCAUCUUGGACUUUAGAAAGUGGAUGACCAGUCUGUGGAAUGCAGUGAAACAUGAAAACUUCAUCUUCAGCUUCAGAAACAGCAUUGUAGCUGAAGCGUACAUGAGACUCUGCACAGAGUUUAACAAAUGGGAGCGAGAGUUCAGAAAAGAAAUGUUCACCUGGGUUACCAAAGCAGAAACAAGAAUUUCUAAUUUUGGCCUUGAUGCUGAAUCUGAAACAACCAACAUAACAGGAUUUCUUACCAGACUGAAAAGUGAAGCCUUGUCAGUGCUGUCUAAAUGGGAGACGAAGCUCCUCGAAAAUCUGAAGGAAUACUUCAAACAAACAGAGGGCCAUGUUUAUCUGGUUGAAGGAUACAGAGAAGAAUUCUCAAACAGCGCAAAGAGCCUUCGGCGAGAAAUGGAAAGGUCUGUAAUCAAUCAGCUUCUGGCAGCAGCUGACAUCAGACGGGGAAUGAAUGAACUUGAUAAGAUCAAGGAAAAUCAAACAAAAGAAGUAGAAAAAGCAGUGUUUGAGUUAAUUGCUAAAUGUCGACAGAAAAAUGUGCAGAUGACAGACACAGAGCUGGACCAAGAAUUUGACAAGAUGUGGAGGGAAAUACUGAAGAAACUGUCUUUCUCUGAACACAAGCCUAAAGAUAUCUACAACAGUGUGUCCUACUCUCUGAGAAAUAAUCUGUCGCACAAGGGAAGCCGUGCAUGUGAACUGCUGAAUGAAAAAAAUCUGAAAGCUUGUGGGUCAGGACCCUUCAAAUACACAGCUGAUGGAUGGUUUAACAGAGCCAAACACACAGUGAGCAAGUUGUUUAACAAUGAAGACCAUGUAAAGUGUGUACAGAAAAUGGCUGACAGCAUCAUAUAUGCCUGCAGGCUGUUUGUUGCUGAGAAAAUACAACAGAAAAGCAAUUACCAUGAUACUUACAUCCAGGACAUCCUUCAUAUCAUUGAUGAAAGGCUGCAACAGAACAACGAUGUGACCAUAGACAUUGAUUUUGAGGUUUCUCUAAAGCAGCACAUCUGUGGAUUUGCUGCCAGAGACUUUCAGAAAAUGCACGAAGACUUCGUACAUGAACACGAUCCCUACAGAUGUCUGAUGAAAGACAAGGAAAAGUUUCGUACAGAUUUCAAGGAUGUGUUCCACAAACGAGACCAGUGCCAGAAGAAGGCUAAAGAAUUCACAGAAAAAUACCUGAAGCCUGCUGUUGAAGCCUAUGUCAACCGUUACCUGGGUAACGAUAUCACUGAUGAAAUGUUGACAAAGGAGCAGUUCAGUACACGGAUGUCCUUCCAGUAUGCAAUUUUACUGGAUUUGCUUUCCAAGGAUGACUUCAGCAAGUAUUUAUACUACGUUAGAUCAUAUGAGAAUUAUGUGAAAACAUGGAUACUUGAUCAAAUAUUUGAGCACUUCCCAGAUGCAAAGUCAAAGUUUGAGUUUGAAGACAGACGUCUUAAAAUAAGCAUCAGUAACAUCAACAAUGCCAUACACAAGGCAAAACGAAGAAACAGCAACAAACUGCAGAUGUUUGUUAAAGAUAUGUGCAAAGAGCUUCAUGAUAAGCUGGCAAUUUCCCAGGAUGCUCGUAGUGCAUUCAUGAUCCUGAACCAAGCAGACCAGGCACAGUUUGCUCACUGGCUCACACAGUCUGUGAAGGACAUGGAAGACAGUCUUAGGGAGAAGUUUAAAAAGACAACAUUUAAAAUGAUACUAGAGAAUCUCCACGUGAAGCCCCAGGAUGAGAUGUUUAAAAGACUGAUUGGUUGUGGGAAGCAGUGUCCUUUCUGUGGAGCUCCUUGUGAAGCAGGAGGAAAUGCCCAUAAUGAACAUUUUGCUUCACUGCAUCGGCAGAGGGGUCUGGGUGGACGGCGGUGGGAUGGAUCAGAAAAACUUGUCACUGACAUAUGCACCUCAGGUGUCAGCAGUGAUGUUUCAUUUCGCUGCAAUGAAACUAACAACCAAUGGCAUCCUUACAAGCGUUACAGGGAAAUUUUCCCAGACUGGAACAUCCGUCCAGAUGGGAGCUUCCAGGCAUCAGACUUUUGGAAAUAUGUGAUGACAAAGUACAACAGAAACUUUGCAGAUGCAUUUGAGGCAAAGUCGGCUGAUAUUCCGAGUUCUUGGAAAGAUAUUUCAAUCAAACAAGCAAAGACAAGCCUUAAAGAAUCAUUUAACAAGAACUGAGACUCUUCCAUCUCAGUUCAUGUCGUUCUUUCCAUUAAAAACUCCAAAUUCAAGAUAUUCCCAGUUAAAAUAUUAUUCAUCAUGACAUCACAGAGGUAUUAAAAACCCACCUUUACCUGCCUGUUAGACCAUACUGUAGGCUUUCUCAGCUAUCGUUCAGGUCAUAAUCAGUGUGUGCAGUUCAGUGGUCUCUCGUUCAGUCAUUUAAAUAUAACUAAAGGUGUCCCACGAGGUUCAGUUUUGGGUCCCACUAUUUUUAUGAUCCACAUUAACAAUGUAGGUCAGAAGAUUCCUGAUGCAUCUUUUAAACACCCAUACUGGCUUUUUGAUUGAUGGGAAAAUUUGUCCUUUAAAUUCCAUAAUGACCAUCCUUUAGGGAAGAAAUCAAUUAUUUUUUUUGUUUAUGAACAAGUCUUGUUCUUCAUUCAGUGCCAAAAGAACUGUACAACAAGAAAUGACUGGUUGCAGUCACCUUCUGACCUGUUCUUGAUUAUAAUGACAUUGUUUAACUGAAUGUCUUUGCCAGCGCUUUAUACAUGUUGGAUGCCGUCCAUCAUGGAGCAGUCAGUUUCUAUCUACUUUUUUUAAAAUAUCUUUUCUAUUAAUAACCAAUGUUCUGGUAGCUUUAACUAAUGAGUCUGUGCUAUAACCACAAGUGUGCUUAAAGAAAUUAAAUGAAGUAAUGCGUAAUUUUUGUGAAACUGUGCCUGUAUGACAGCAUGCCAGAUAACUACAUUAAUUAUAAAUGGAAAAAAAGAUUAUUCUGCCUGUGAUCUGUUACAGAUGCUUGAUGUAAUUGUCAUAUCUUUGUGCAAAGAGUUUAAAAUUGUUAAGGCUACUACAGUACUGCAGUAUCCCUUUGGGAUAAAUUAAGUAUUUUUCAUUUCAUUCAUUUAAUUUUUAUUUCAUAUGUAAUUAAGAAUGUUUAAAAUGAUUUAAAAGAUCACUCACUAUGUUUGUGUUAUUGUCAACAUGUCUCAUUUCUGAAUAAAGAGAAGAAAGCAG